AUGAGUUCGAGCAUCAUUGGAAACAUCGCUCUGGUCUAUGGCGGCGGACUUAAGGCUUACUCGGACGUUCUAUUAAUCAAUACGUACAUCAGCUGUAACUUCGGUGUGUUCGGCGAAGGCCUAGCAAUCGGUGAUCAAAACCAACUCAUCGGAUUGGAGGAGACCACCAGUUCUAUUUAUAGCUCCACCAAUCAGAAUGCAGCAGAUGCUCUCGCCGCCUUCUUCGACCGUAUCAAUAAUGCGUAUGGGGUUAAUGCAGAUAUUCAGCGGAUGCUCGAUCGGAUGGCUGACCCGAAG